UCGUCGCCGUCACACAUAUCUGGCCCGACUGGUGGGGGGCGGUGCAAGUGCAACCGUGCGUGCGCUCCUGUAUCCAUCUGUCUGCGGGGACUCAUCGUCUCCUCCUUCCCCAAUCGCCAUUGUCGGUGGUGCAAGCAAGCGCGCCGAGGCGUGUGGGAGGGACAUGGCGGGGCGCUACGAUGGCGGCAACCCUUUCGAGGAGGAGGAGGACGUGAACCCUUUCUCGGAACAAACGCGAGGCAAAGCUGGCGGGCAGUCCAACUAUGGUGGCGGCGGCGCGUUUUACAUGCCGAAUCCCAGAAACGUUGCCCCCUCCUCGAAUUCGCGGCUUUCGCCCCUUCCCCCGGAACCUGCAGAUUUCAGUGCCACAGUGGAUAUCCCUCUUGAGUCGUCAAAGGACCUGAAGAAAAGAGAAAAGGAGCUGCAAGCGAGGGAAGCAGAGUUGAAUAAGAGGGAGAAGGAAUUGAAAAGAAGGGAGGAAGCUGCAGCACGAGCUGGUAUUGUCAUCGAGGAAAAAAACUGGCCUCCUUUUCUGCCACUUAUCCACCAUGACAUUGCCAAUGAGAUACCGACUCAUCUUCAAAGAAUGCAAUACUUCGCAUUUGCGUCAUUUCUUGGUUUAGUUUUCUGUCUCUUCUGGAAUGUCAUAGCAGUUACUUCAGCCUGGAUCAAGGGGGAAGGUGUGAAAAUCUGGUUGCUAGCAAUAAUCUACUUCAUCUCUGGGGUUCCUGGUGCAUAUGUGUUAUGGUAUCGCCCUCUUUAUAAUGCUAUGAGGACUGACAGUGCGUUGAAGUUUGGAUUGUUUUUCUUGCUCUACUUGUUUCACAUCGUUUUCGUCGUAUUUGCUGCCGUGGCUCCUCCUGCUGUCUUUGAGGGCAAGUCUUUGGCAGGAAUUUUACCGGCGAUUGAUCUUAUCAGCGUGAAUGCUCUAGUUGGGAUCUUCUACUUCAUUGGUUUUGGAUUAUUUGCCCUGGAGUCAUUGCUGAGCAUCUGGGUUAUCCAGCAAGUGUACAUGUACUUCCGAGGAAGUGGAAAGGCGGCAGAGAUGAAGCGCGAUGCGACAAGGGGCGCUAUGAGAGCGGCAUUUUGAUUGCCACAUAUCUCAGAUGAUGAUAGGUCUCAAGAUUAAUUCCAUGGAUUAGAUGGCACCAUAAACAAAAGUAUAUGUUUGCCUUGGCUCUGACUAUAAUCUUAAGUUGGCAUAGGAUACUGCUGUGAUGAAGUGACAUCGUAGGACUUGUCCACUUUUCUCACCGAUAUAGAGAAUGUGCAGUUUUUACAGAUUAUGAUCCGUCCUGAAUAUAAACGCUGUGUCCUGAGAGAGUAGGUAUUAACAAGGUACCGUUGCGACUAUAUCAAUGGUACCCUUGCGAUC